CGCCUCUCCUCCCCCCCUCCUCCCUCCCGCGGCUCUAUCGCUCUUCCCCCUUCUCCGAGGUUGCGGGUCAGUGGAGACGCCGUCUGUCAGCGCUGAGCCGCGAUCACAGCCUUCCUCAGCCGCAACCAGCGACCAGUCAGGGCGACACCGCCAGCACCCACCGGGCACCAUGGUGAGAGGGCGGGGGAGGGCAGCUGGGUGAGGGCCGCAUUGCAGGGACCGCACGGUGUGUGUGUGUGUGUGUGUUCACCCCGGCCCUCAGGGGCCUCCUGCUGGAUACAUCCCCUGUCUCCCGCCCCAGGCCCGUGAAUAGCCUGGCUGUCUGUCUAUCUGUCUCCAAGGCUGGCUGUCUGUCUCCAAGGCUGGCUGUCUGUCUAUCUGUCUCCCUGGCUGGCUGGCUGUGUGUCUAUCUAUCUGUCUCCAAGGCUGGCUGUCUGUCUAUCUGUCUCCCAGGCUGUCUGUGUGUCUGUCUCCCUGGCUGGCUGUCUGUCUGUCUCCCUGGCUGUCUGUCUGUCUCCCUGGCUGGCUGUCUCUCUGUCUGUCUGGGCUGUCACUGGCAUGGUCCUCAGAUUAUAAUAUUAUUAUUAUUAUUAUUAAUGGCAGGUGAAUGACUGCAGUGGGGAUGGUGGGAGUUAUAUCAUGGCUGUAUUUAGAGAUUGCCAUUGUAUUCUGUAUAACAUAACUAGUGUAAAUAUACAGGAUCCAAUACUAUGGGAUAGGGAGGGGUGCUCACUGUUUAUAUAAACCUACAGGUUUUACCUUGUGCUUCCUGACUUUUUUUUUUUUUUUUUAAUAUUUAUUAUGUUGCAGAAUAUACUGCAAUGCAGCAUCAUUUUUAUUACCACUCUGGCUGCUAAGGCUGCUCACGUCUUGGGUACGAGUUCUCACACCCUAAAGAAAUAAAAAUAAUUAAAAAAAAAAAAAGGGUGUUGUGGUUCCUAAACUGACAAUAUACGUUACUGCCCAACCCUGCCCAUAAAGGUUUUAAAAUGGGGGGGAGGGGAAGAAGGGGCAGUAUGGAGGACCCUGUCUUGAAAAUGGGCAGGUUCACUCAUGUUGUAGACAUAAAUCCUGUGUCCAGGAAACCCUAAUAUUUAACAUGUUGGUCUGAAAGUGGAGAUGCUGCCUUUAACGUGUUCUUAUUUACUAUGUGCAUAUAUGCCCGCCAUGUAUAUAUUGCGGCGGUAUGGUGUCAUUUCCUGACACUUGUCAAUUUGAUGAUAAUUAUUUCCUUCAUCCUCUGUUUUAUAAGGUGUGGAUACAGUGGUGACAAAAGACGAUGGCUGUCCAGUUGUUGCUGCCCAUGUUUGUUUUGAUACUCUGGCAGCAUGGCUGUGAAUACCAGCUUACUCCACAAUAACUAUAGAGUGCCAAAGGUUUACUAUCAGUGAUGUGAUCUAGAAAAAACCUAAUAACUGUAUGUGCCUCAACCCUACCAUCUAUUAUAGUAGAUUGUUAUCUAUAAUAUUAUGUGAUAAAAGGGAUGGCAAGCAGCAUUUUUUGUUUUUAGAAAUAUACAGCAAAACUAAGCUUUUCUGUUUUGUUAUUCUGACACGUUGUGUAUUGGUUCAGGAUUCUGUCAGCCAAUGGGUUAAAAAUGACAAUGGCGCAGGAUCCAGAGUCAGUGCAGUUGAGGAGGCGAGCGAAGAAUAUGGGAGGAUAUAAAUACCAUAAUGAGGCUUAUUUUUCUUCCAAUUCACCUUGUUCUCUACAGGCUAUGCUUUUCUACUCUUUACCUGAUUUACCCCUUGGCUAUCUUUGUUGUUAUGACUUGAGUGGCAUUGACCCAUUUUAUUUGGAUGGUUAUUUUCAUUAAUCUGCAUUGUGACACAAGGGUGCUAUUAGUUUAAGGCCAAGCCCUUUGCAGUAAUCUUCAAACAGUUGCAGUAUACUGGUUGGAUUUAUUCUUGUCAACACAAAUUAAAUGUCUUCUUUGGCUGCAAGAAGACUGCAGUGAGAAUCAUGCUAUUGGAGCUACUGCCCCAUAAAUCUUUGUUCUCCGCCUUUUAAUGUAAAUAGACAUUGUGUUUUUGUGGGUAUGAGACUAGAAAUACAGUGGAAUCAUAUGGCAUUUAUUUAGUUUAGCAGAAUGUUAUCUUAAAAUCAUUAUCGAGCAGAUAGGGUUGCUAAUUUUGGAUGUGUUUUUAAAUGUCACAGUUAAUGGAUAUUUUAAUUGUACAAAUUGUAUUUCUUUUACCCAUCCUCCUAUUGCUGUAUGUCUAUAAUCUAUCCUAAAAUAUAUUUUUAUUCUCAUAUCUCUGAUAAUCUGAAGCUGUAUCAUAAGAAGAUUCAUUGUUUUCCUUCUUGCUUUAAAUGGGGAGAAAUAUCACAGAUUUUUAAUUUAUAUGCUUUUUUUUUUUUGCAUUUACAGAGGAUACCCACUUUAUAUUUUUUAAUGUAAUUAUGAAAAUAAGCUGUCAUGUAUUGCUUUUUUCUUUUUGCACAUUAACCUUUACAUUUGUUAAGUGUUGGUGGUAUUGGCCUAUGUUAUAGAACUUGUUUACACGCUUAUACAGCACGUUAGUAAAUCCUUUUUUUGCAACAUGAAUACACAUACAUUUCCUAAUUUAGAACAGUGCAAAUAUGUGCUUCAAUAUUAAUGUAAAUGCUCAAAACACUGGUGUGCAUACAUAUCUAGAUAUCCCCAUUAGAUUGUGCUCAGGUAUUCAACUAUACCUGUGUGCUUGUGUAAUUGUUUGGUCGUAUAUAUUCUAUAAAAUGCUGGUGAUUUUUGAAGAUUAAUGAUAUGCUUUAUUAUUUUCUAUUUAAAAUAUAUUCAUAAUACUGAAAGUUUAUUUGUAUAAUAUAGGAACGACUCAUUGUUUUGCUUGUAUUCCACGAUAUUCAGAAUUUUUGUUCAGGUUUGAGUUUAAGAACAGUAACCACUACAGCUUAAUUAAGUGGAUUUUCUCUAGAUACCACAUCUCCCCUAUUGAGAACAGUUUACCAGGAAUACAUACUAUCCAGGCUUAUAGUCUUGCCCCUCGUACCUGGCUUUAUACUGCAGAAGUGUCACUUUUGCUUUACCUUUCCAGUAUUUGAUAUUGAUAGGCUUUAUUAGAUGGUUUCGAGGGCUCAUAGCCUAUGUAUGUUGUCCAAAGGAUUUAUAUGGUUAAUGCAGAAGUGAAAGUUUCACAUUUUGUAAACCGCACUGGAUUUGAGUGUUAUGAGAACCCAAGAGGUUUGACACCACCUCACCAAAAAAAAAAAACCAACCUAAAACCCCAAUACAAACUGGGUAGCAACUGAAGACUUCUUGCUCCAUAACCAUUACAGCAAGCUGUAUUGUGUCCCUACUAGAGUAAAAAUUCUACCUGGGAAAACCAAUAAACUAACCAGGAGUAAGUAGAUAUAGUGAAAUAGAAAAUGCAAAUAUAAACGAUAAAAUAUAACAGGAAUGGAAAAAUAGAAAUAAAGAUAAAAAUGAAUGAAAAGGAAAAAUACAAAUAGAUCCAGGUAUGCUUCUAAACAGUGAUAUCGUAAAACAGUCAAAAAAUCUUAAACAAUCUUGAAUGUAUAUUGCACAUUGAUCAAAUUUUAAAGUGGUAAAACACUUAAACGUUUAUAAUCUGAGGCUUUAUCAGCUAGGUGUGGUCCCAAAAAGAUUGCCUACUAUUGUAUAGGCAGGAGUAUAUACUGGUGAAGCGGAAUGUAAUAGAGUAUCAGUCUUAUAUCCUAAAAUGAAAUAUAAACUGAUACAUAAAUCAUAGAAUGAUAGUCUAAAUCAGGAUAUUGAAUAAUUUGAAACCAGAAAGUUCUUGCAGUAUACAGAGUCUGUGCCAGAUUUUAUAAUACUCAAUACAAAAACAUAGUGCUCGCUGGUAGUGAUUUAAAAAAAAGAUAAAAAUGCACUUUCAAAAGUGGUUGCAUAUGAUACCAGAUCGGGAGCCUACAGUCCAGAAGAUCCUAGUAGCUUCCUCCGGCCGGAUCAGGGGAAGUGUGGAUCUCUGUGAGGUGUCAGACACUGGAUGUUAACCAUGUGCAUUCCACUGCGGCUCGGGAUGCGUUCCACUUGACUGUCUUCGGAGUACUUCGGCUAUAGUGCUUUCCUUACGCGUUUCGUGAUCGGUUGAUCACUUCAUCAGUGUCCCUUCUAGAACUAGUCUUUUUGCCAUUUUUGGGGCUUGUCUUUUUUUCUUCAAAGAUCUACAAGGUGAUUUGACCUCCUAUAUAUGAUGUUGCUGGGGGAGAGUGGAAAUUAAGAUAUCCUUAUCUGUACCUCUCUCUAGUCUGCAGUGUUACUAUCAUCUUCUGCAACCUGCUCUUCAGAUUCUGGUGACUUUGCUGCAAGCUGAAUUAUUGGCUUGUCCCCUUUUAUUUUUAAGAGUAACUGUUACUGAUGAUUGUUUACCUUUAUAUACCUAAUGUAAAUCAAUUUGUUUGCCUCUGGAGGUGAUAAGCUGAAGUAUUAACCCCUUCAAGACCAGACUGUUUUUGCGAUGUUUGUACGUUAAGGACCAGAGCUAUUUUAACGCUUUUGUGGUGUUCGUGUUUAGCUGUAAUUUUCCGCUCUCUCAUUUACUGUUCCGAUACAAAUUAUAUAUAUUUUUUUUUUUUCAGGACAAAAAGGGCUUUCUUUACAUACUAUUAUUUUUUAUCAUGUAAUUAAAAAAUAAUAUAAAAUAUGGUGAAAAAUUAAAAACUAUUUUUUUUUUUACUUUAAAUCUUUUACUGAUCUACAAAAUCAAAUGAAACAAACUGCUAAAUAGAUUCAAAAUGUUGUCCUGAGUUUAAAAACACCCAGUGUUUGUGUUUUUUUUUUUGUUUUUGUUUUUUUUGGCUUUUAUUUGCAACUUAUAGGGCUGUAAUUACAAGCAGGAAAUUGCUGUUUUCAAAAUGUAUAUUUUUCAAAUGUAUCAAUAGUGACAUUGUAACACUGUUAUGUCAUAAAUCUCCAAAAAACACCCCACAUGUAUAUAUUUUUAUUAAACUAGAUAACCCAGGGUAUUCAUCUAAGAAUAUUUUGAUACUUUCUAUGCAGCCAUUUUACCACAAACCUUUGCCAAACUUUGCAUAGGUAGUUUAUUUUGUAUUUUUUUUCACAUACAUUGCAAUUCAGGUAUAAAUUCAGAUUCUGUUAGGUGUCACUGCCAAACACCCCAAUAUGUGUUCAGUAACAUCUCCCGAGUACAGGGAUACCCCCCAUGUAUAGAUGUGUUGGGUAGUUUGGGGGCUAAAUGGCCACAUUUUGCAGGUGCGCAUAUCAGUUUCCCAGCUUGGAAUUUUGACAUGUAGUCAACCUGCAUGCACGUCCUAUUUGGGACUUUUUUUGAAGCCGGCCAGUGUAUUUUUACCCUCAUCAAACCAUAUAUUUGUGAAAAGUAGACACCCUAGGGUAUUUCACAUGGUGGUAUUUUAACACUUUCCAUGCACCAAUUCUACCACCAGGCUUUGUCAAACAUUGAGUUAGUAAUUUUUUUUUUUUUCACACACAUUGUACUUUAGGCAUAAAUUAACAGAUGCUGUUAUGUAUCCCUGCCAAACACCCCAAUAUGUGUUCAGCAAGAUCUCCUGAAUACAGUGAUACCACCCAUGCAUAGGCUUGUCGGGUUCUUUGGGGGCUAAAAGGCCACCUUUUGGCAGGUGCGCUUAUCAGUUUCCCAACUUGGAAUUUUUACAUGUAAUCAACCUGCAUCCAUGUCCCAUUUGAGCCAAUGUAUUUUACCCUCAUCAAACCAUAUAUUUUUGAAAAGUAGACAACCCAGGGUAUUUUAAAUGGUGGUAUUUUAACACUUUUCAUGCACUGAAUUCUACCACCAGCCUUUGUCAAACUUUUGGGUAGUAAUCUUUUUUUUGUUUCUUUGUCACACACAUUGUACUUUAGGCAUGAAUUAACAGAUCCUGUUAUGUGUCACUGCCCAAUAUGUUCAGCAAUAUCUCCCGAGUACAGUGAUACCCCCCAUGUAUAGGGUUGCUGGGUUGUUUGGGGGCCAAAAGGCAACAAUCAGUACUUGUACAUGUCCGUUUUUCAACUUGAUAUAUAGGUAUGCUUGGUCUAUCUUCAGUUUGACAUAUUUUUGCACCCCCCCCCUCCCCCAGUUAAUGUUACCAUCAUGACAGUAUAUAUAGUAUAUAUUUUUAUAAAGUAGACAUCAAAGGUUAUAACGAUGGGGUGUUUUGACUUCUUUCCCCCAACCAUUUUGCCCCCCAAAGAAAGUGUAGUGGUAAUAAUUCUGGUUUUGGCCAGCUGGUUAUGUGUUACUGCCAGAAAACUUGUUAGACCAAAUGUGCAGGUAGCAAAUGUACAUUUAGCAGCAAUCUUUAAACUGACUCCUGCAAAUAGAAUCUAACUGGAGAUUUGGGGGAAGGAAACUUGCUAACAAACAAUGGCUGCUUUCCAAAGAAACAAAAAAUAAAAUAAAAAUUCAGGAACACUUCUUACAACUGUUCCGUGUGGUACAGCUUGAAACUUGUUCCUACACACAGUCCUGGUUUCGAAGGGCAAUCGGGACAGUGAAAAGGGGUGUCUGUCCUUUUCACGUUUUUAAAACAGACCCGGCAAUGUUUCUGGGUUUUGUUUUUUUUUUUAGUAGUUGGCGGUAACGUAAAAAUAAAAUGUCUGGACUCAGCUUGCACCGUUGUUGGAACUUGUCCAUCUCCAUAAAUUGUUAAAUAAAUUUUCAACUGAAAUUGGAGAAAGGUGGGUUUUCCCUGGAUAAUUUUUUUUUUUUUUUUUUUUUUAAAGCAAAAAUGAGUUGUGGGUUGCUAUUUGCAUCAUAUAGAUAGCCACCUUUUUAUACCAUGCUUUGGUUUUUUGUAAAAUAAGAUAUGCCUGCAUCAGCUGAUCAGCCAAAUCAACACCCCCCAUGUACUUAUUAUAUGCCCUGAUGCAAACCGGUUUGGACUCUACUCUGCCCCGGACAUAGAUGUCUGACAUGCGUUCGUCAUGGAUGGUGGUUAGCAUGUUGACAUCCUUCCUGUCACUAAAUUUUAGUGCACGCACUUUAGCUUUGCGAAGUGCUUUACAUUCGCCUUUUUUUUUAUUUUGUCUCUAUGAGAGAUCGUGGAAAGUCUUUGGAAUUUUUUCUGGCAGUGCCGCAGGCCAGUGUCUGUAAACCAUAAAGUGUUUUAAACAGAGAGACACUACUAUAAAAAAUAUCCACAUAAAGGUGGUAACCUUUAUUAAACAAGGGGUUUAGUAGGUCCCAUACAAGUUUCCUACUUGUCCCCAGGGAGUCAGGACAGCAAGGAGGGUCCAGUUGACCAUCUUUCCCCUCAUAUACACAAAAGGCAAAUGUGUUUCCACUUUCGCUCUUGCACAGUUUGUACAGUUUUAUGCCAUACCUAGAGUGCUUUGAGAGGAUGUAUUGUCUGAACCCUAAUCUCCCUUUGUAUUUCAUUAGAGAUUCAUCUAUGGAUAAAUUUUGUUGAGGGGUAUAAACAUCCGAAAAUUUGUCCUGAAAAUGGUAUAGCAGUGGGCGUAUUUUAUAAAGCCUAUCGUAUUGGGGGUGAUCUCUAGGGUGACAGAGGGUAUUGUCACUGAACUGUAAAAAUCUCAGCAGUAACUCGUAUCUGGCUCUAGGCAUGGUUUGGGAGAAUAUUGGACUAGACAUUAUUGGGUUGGUGCCUCCAGUAUGAGCAAAUCGAUGGCUUCCUUAUAAUCCCUAUGAGCAUUGUAAGAGCCUAAAAAAUUUUAAGCUCUGGGACAUCUGUGGGAUGCCACUCAUGCUCCCUGACUGUAUAGCUACCUGGAUUGUUAUCAAUAAAUUGGGUAGCAUACAAGUUAGUCUGGGAAGCAAUCUCCUCCCAGAUGGUAUCUCCUAAAAAUAGUUCUACAUACUGCAUUGGGGAGAAGCCAUCCACAUUAACAUUAAUGGGGGACGUUGGGCUUGGCUAACUGUGGAGGUACCCAGUCCUCCUCCACAUUUGGCGUAGCAGAGGAAGCACAGUUUCUUUCUUCAGCUGGCUCACACACAGAUGACAUGUCGUCUUGCCUCCUGCAAGUUAUACAUACGCUGCAUGUUUUACACACGCCGAAAACAAAUUACAAACACACAAAAAAAUUUAAUACUUUUUUCUUUUCUCUUUUCUCUCUUUUUUUUACUAAAACAGUCUAAACAGCAAUCCCUAAACUAACUCCUGUCACAAAAAUUUAAUGGAGAUUUGGGGGAAGGAAACUGACAGACCAAGACACAGAUUUUUAAAACAAAUUUAACCCUUUAAGGGCAAAAAACCCCAAUACAGACCGUACAAAUGCACUGCUGUAACAGAUCUGGCAGGGAAGGGGUUAAAAGGGAUUUUUUUUUUUAAAUUCACUCUAGAUACUGUAUAAAGCUCUGGAACACUUCUGCUGCAACAAACUAUCACAUUCUUUCUCUCUCCACUCACAAAACGCUACAGAGGAGAGAGGGGCAGAGAUCACUGUCAAAGUGAGUGUUUGUAACACCCACUUUGACAACAGCCAAUUGUGAGCGAUCGCGGAUCGCUCACACGCCGCAAUUGGCUGUUACUAUCUGCCUGGGAUGUCUGGCAGAUAGUUAGUGUUAUACUGGCGGGAGCGAUCUUUGAUCGCUUCCCGCAGCUUGUUUUUCGCUAUGACGGUUCAGGACUUUUUACCGCUGACGGUCCUGAACCAUCAGCGGUCCUGAAGGGGUUAAAGCAGUCUUACCUCAUCUGCACAUCUGGGUAAAUAAUGCCACCAUGCCUUACAGUCUCGCAGAAUAAUCACGUGAAGGGGGGAUAUUGUAGAUAUAAUGCCGUUCUGUGUGUUGUUUAUGGAGUUAAUGCAAGAAAAUAAAAAAAAUUAUAAACAACCCCAAAACACUGAAGAAUAAAGGCCAUCUAAUAGAUACUUUUAGUUUACCCCCAGUAUGAUUGUCAUUUUAAAAAGGGACAAUUUAAGCAUCUGUAUCACAAAAAUACACAUAUAAGCCUUGUCUAAAAAAAAUUUCAAACUAAGUACAUGUGUUUUCAGAGGGAAAACAAACACCGUGGAUAAUGUUACGGGAAUAUGAGUCAGAGAGUCCAAAGAAGUGUUUUCUCUCGUGUUUAUUAAUUUUCAUUUCAGGCAGUCGGUUACAGUCCAUUAAUGAGAAUAUUCUUGCACUGUUAACAAUGGGUUACAUGGAAUAUUCAAGCAGUCCUGACAAUAUGCAACCUGCAUUUUCUGUAAACAGACAUAUAAAUGCAUGCUCAUGGGAAUGUAAGCAAUUGAUUUUCAUUCAUGCACUUUAAAGCACACUGUCACUUCUGAGGUAUUUGCAUUUUCUACAAAAACCAUACACUGUGACAUGUUUGAGCUCCCAUCAGUCACCUACUCAAAGCAGUUAGGGAUAUACAUACUUACCUUAAAGGAAAGCUAUAGUUUUGGGAAUUACAUUCCUUACGCUGUAAUGUUGGACUACCUAAGAAGCUGACCGGCCUGCUCACAAUGGAGUAAAAAGGUAUUUGGAGCAAUGGGAGGCUAUUGCACAUGUGCUGCAAAACACUACUGGCGACUGCAUCUGCUAUGAGCUAUCGCCACCACUGUACAUUCGUGGGCAUGGAAGAUUACAAAAUGGUGUCUGUGAAGGAUUUAGUGAAACAAAGGGUUCUUCCAUAGAUAAUCUUGCAUAAAUGCAUUAAGGUGCCAAAGACCUUUAUUUUGCAAGGUAAUGUCUAUUCCUAUCUGACCCCUGAAAUGAAAUGGAGGCUGAAACUUUUUAUUUUAUUUUUUCAAACUUACACGAGACAAAGUAAUCCCUACUUUGUCUUAUGCACUUCUUUAGAUCUUAGGGGAUGAAAACCUCAAAACAAUAACAACCUGGUUUAAAACUUUUCCAUUGUUUUUAUUUUUUCCCUUGAUUUGAGAGAAUCUUGCGUGCUUGAUGUUAGGUUAGUAAACAUGGUAAUGUGUGAUGACAAACACAGCUUUUCUUACCAAUGCAACUAAUUGGUUAAAAUGGAAUCUAGGGGUUGGCUGGUUGGUAAAUCCCAGACUGUCUGUGCAUAAUGUCAAGUGCAGUGUAUAAUUUCCCUGUAGAAGAGAUUCAGACCGGUAUCUAUUCUUUGAAGAGGUGUUUUUUUUUUUUUUUUUGGUACAGUGAUCAAAUGAGACCGCAUAUCAAUAAGUGUUUACAAUUGUAAAUUACUUUGUACUCUCAUUGUAGUAUUGUGGGUCUCUUUACCCCAUCUGCAUUCCUUAUUUAAUGUAUUGUGUGAUGUCACACAUACUGGUAGUAAAGGCUAAAUCUAAACUUGGAUAGCUAGUUAGUGAAUAUUUUUUGUUUAAGUAGAAAUCAUUCCAUAUUUCUGUUCUGUCAGUCAGUGCUAAUAACUGAGACAUAUGUGAAAUAUAAUGCACUGUGCAUCCCUGUUAAUAUAAUCAAUGGUUUAAAACCUCUGUUUAUUAUUAAAAACCGGUCAUUCACCAACAUAUGAAUCUCAAAUUUUAGGCCAAAAUAACCGAAAUUGAACUAUUGUCCAAGUCUGCGGUUUUUCCAGUUUGACUUUGUCCUAAAAUAUGACUUCACUUGCUAAAUCUGCAUUUCUGACCAACUUUUUAGUGAAUAACCUAAUUAAUGUGUAUGUAUGUGAAAAUAAUCAAUGGUGGUGAUCCAUUCGUGAAAAGGGCCAAAGUAAACUCUUCGCCUGCUUGAUUGUCUCUCUUCCUCUUGGAAGUGGGUUCAUAGCCCAGUACUCUCAGCGUAUCAUUGCCAUCCAGGUGGGAGUGGAUCACAUAGGGCAGAAGUGUUGCCUCUGCAUUAUCAGCGUGGCUAAAGAAGUGUGAUGUUCUAUGUAUGGGUACUAGGAAGUGCGACAGCUUUGUAGGUAGAAUUCUGUUGUAUGGCUGUUUAAUUUCUAGUCACCGUGGCGACCUAUUUUAUGGAACCCAAAAGGUGUUUGCAAGAGUGAAGAUGUUUUAUUUUUUGUAUUUUAUUUUAAUUUACUUGUCCAAGGGACUGAAGUGGUUGCCCAAGCUACUUGUCAGUCAUGACAAUAUACUUGUCCUGACACAAAAUAACUUUAGUUACAAAGAUUGAGGAGCUUCCAAGAGCCCUGCACAUUGACAAGGCUAUUUGCUGAACUCAGAAUUUUCACAAAUUAUACCUGAAUGGAAAAAUUGGGGCAAAUAUAGUUUAUCUCGAAAAAAUAUCUUACUCUGCUAUAUACACAACAUAGCUAUUUUAGCCUCCGUUUUACUACUUGGAUGUAUUUUGCAAAAAUUCACAGUUUUGUAAAUAACCCUGUCUCAAGUCUACAAUUCCAUAGUCUCUCCCUUUGUCACAGUGUGAGUGCUGACUGUGAUUUAUGUGGAGUGUAUGUGAUGUGUGUGUGUGUGUGUGUGUGUGUGCGUGUGUGCGCCAUCUGUAUAUGAUUUGUGUGGUGUGUGUGUGUGUGUACCGGCUGUAUGCCACUUGUGAACAUGUGCUCAUGCUGGCUGUGUGUGAUUUUGUGUGGUGUGAUACACUUUCUGAUACAAACACUACCCCGUACACAAACACACUGCACACCUGUAGAAAAAAAUAAAGGGUUCCAGGCGCUCUAAAUGAAUAAAAAUACAAGUGCAGUCUAAAAACACUCCAAGUGUAUUGUCACCAAGUACGCUUAUAUAAACACCGAAAUAGUUAGUGUGCAGUCUGUUUUUCUCCGCCAUGCACUGUAAAUGCCUUUUGUAGCUACUAUUGAUAACUUGAUCUAUAUAAUAUUGUUGUCCUUUAGACCUUCAAUAUCUUGUGGGCUAGCUUGAGGGAACAAACAGCUAGUUAUUUCCAGUGUUACUUUUUGUAUUCAUGAAUUUAGUUUGCUUAUUUGGUGAGGAGAGCGAUUUCACCAACUGCCAUAAAGAACUCAUUUUUAGACACAAUCACAUGUCUUUUGCUAUCUCUUAUCAUUUGUAAAAUCAGCUAUAUACUUGCAAACUUGAUACACAUUUUGUGCAAUACUAAAAGAUAUGUUGUGUGCGGCAUUUUCUCUUAUCCUAGAUUAUUCAGUUUUACUGUUUCUUAAAGGGAUUCUCUAAGUACCAAAACCACUUAGAAUAUUGUUGAAUAUAUAUUCUGUCUCUUUUCUUGGGUAAUGUAAAACUUUACAAUUUCUAAAUGUUUGUGUUUGGCCUAAAGCACACUGACAGGCUCGCGCACGCUCUCUGACAGGCUUCUAAUGAUUUACCGCUUAAUGAAAUGCAUACAAAGACGAUGUUGGAAUUUUAUUGAAAUUUCUACUUAGUCACAUGAUAUUGUAAAGUAGGCGGAGCUACUUUUUGUCAAGCCCUCAACCAGAGGGCUGAAGGGGACAAAGGGCUAAUUCUAUGGAGGGUCUUGUCGGAUCGUCCAUAGCUGUCAGUAUUGUACUUUCGAUCCUGUGUGAGAGUACAGCACUGUAGUCAGCUGCUGGCAUAUAAUUGUCAAGAGCUGGAGAGGAACUCUUGAAAGAGGAUAGUGGCACUCGUGGGUAACAGAUUCAGAUAAUUAAAAAAUGCAGCCCGCGGCCAACUCGGUGCAAGUGCAUUCACUAUCGGGGGUCUAUACAAGCACCCCUCUAGGUGACAGCCAUUUCAAGUAAGAUGUGUACGCAUUUCACAAUCUUUGACACCACCUUAGAAUGCUUUGUGUGUCAGUACUCAUAGUUGAACAGCGCUGCGGAAUCUGUGGGCACUUUAUAAAUACCAGUAAUAAAUAAAAAAUAAAAACCCUGAACAUUUUGAGAUGUCACAAGUAAGCAGGCAAGUCCUUUUUUGGCUGAAAUCUGCCGUUUGAAAUAAAUUGUUUAUAGUAGCUUGCUUGCCAUUUGGCUAACUCAAUAUACAGGUUCUGUAACGUGUUGCCUACUUUUUUCCACCCAUUUUUUUUUUUUUUUUCAUGACUGGUACUCUAUAAACAACAACAAAAAAAGGUUGUCGACCUUGUGUAAAUACAUUGUCUGCAAUCCCGGAUGGCAAAUUAUGCAGCUACCCCAGCAUAAGGUGGUAUAUGGAAUUAUAUAGCAAUGUUCCAAAAACACAAUUUACUCACUUUAAUUCGGUCUCGAUAUUUCCAAAGACCUUGGUGUUGGUGAUUUAGUUCCUCCAAUCCACAGAAACUCUGACAGUACAGAUGCACUGCACUCAGAAAACCCAUAAGUCAAGAAAAAAACAAACAAAAAAAAAAGUUUCUCCUCCUCUCAGAUGCUUUACCAACCUAUUUUCUGAGUUUCUGAUUAAUCCAGUACUAUGUUCAUUCUCUGUAGUUUUACUCCGGGAAAACUUCCAUUGCUAUGUUUAGUUAACACCUGUGUCAACACCACCAUUGUUUUCUAUGCACUUUUAAUGUUCUUGAAUGGGCCUGAAAAGUAUGUGUUUGUGUUUUACCAUGCUUGCAGAUUGAACAUGGUGUGUGUAGAAUUUAUCUUUAUAAACUCCCUAUUGCAACCAAUACAAAUGUUCCUGAUUCAUAUCCCUGAUUUGAGGCUGAUUUAUUCAAAACUUAGUAAGGAAUUAAGUUCCAAUCAGUUUCCAAAUUGGUUCCAAAUUUUAGAACGAAGGCCUCCAUUUAGUAUUGUUGGAUAAGGUUUUAAAAGUAUUUAAUAUUCUGGAAAACAUUAAAAUGUGUAAUUAUUAAGUAUGUAUGUAUGUGACUAUUUUUUGGGUACACAUUUUUUUUUAUAUUUAAUAUUUGAGAUUCUGAUAUGUUGAAAAGGAGGUAAUUGUAAAAGUUCAUUUAAAAAAAAAUAUAUAUUUAUAUAUUAUAUAAUAUCUCUUACUCAACAAUCUUAAUUUGAGAUUUUAAUUGACAUGCCUGGCCACUGGACAGGAAUGAAGAUAAAGAACACAGAUGAAGAUAUUUACAACUAGCGGGUGUAAGGAUGGGCAAAGAGAAGGGUUGGGUAAAGCAGACAUUUGUUGUAGGGAUUGACUGAUAUAAUUUUUUUUUUCCUGUCACAUUUUGGCCGAUUGACGAUAUUCUGUUCAAUUAAAGUAUUGAAAAAGUAACACAACUUACUGUAUACACAAAUCAUGUAUUAAGUGAACAUGCUGGUAGCAAUCACUCCUAUCCCUCUAAGGCAACCAGUGCAUGCUGGGAUCAGCGAGAUCCCAGCAUGUACAGUGCUGUUACUGAUCACACUCCUAUUACUCUAUCAGCCAGCCUAGUACAUUUACAGUACCGGUAUAUUAGAAACGGUCUCACCUCCCUGCCUUCAGCUGAACUUCACAUGUGCGAUCUCACAGUAAAAGGUGGUAUGUGAUCACGUUGUGAUGCUUCAUUGAAUGGCGGCUAGAGUUUUCAGAUGCAUAAGACAGCGUGUGGUGACUGGGAGAGUUGAGCAAGUUAUCGAUAAAUUUAAAUGCCAAUACAGAUUAUUGGUAAAAUACUUAAUAUUGGCUCUAAUAAUCGGUGGAACUGAUAUUUGGUCUAUCUCUAGUAUGUUAUAUACAAUUGGCUUUUGACAACCAAAGUAACUAUAUGUACAUGAAGUAUUGGUGAAAUACUUUAAUUGAAAAUAACAAUGAAAAACUGCAAGUACAAACAGUUACUGUGUAAAGUCUGCUAGAUGCAAAAUCUAAUCUUAGUCGUCAUUGUUCUAAUUGGAAUAGUGGAGGCAGGGGAAUCUUAUGCAUACACAUUUUUCACUUCCGUUUAGGGUUCUCAUUCUCCUUUUUCCCUCUUUAUGUGUGACGGGUGAAGUAGCCACCCUAAGAAAGAGGUGAAAAGUGUGCAUAGUCAAUAUCAAAAAAUAUGGUUGUGGAAGAAACUUUAAAGAAAAAGGAAAGCAACACGUAAAAUGGCCCUGCUUUCAUGGUUGUUUUAGUGCUUGACAGGUUCUGCCCACAUGCUGAGUCGCAGUGCCAGGAGACAGUGGAAUUUAACAUUAGUGCACUACUACCUCUCUGUGCUGUCAGUCAGGAUACCACAUGGCAGUGGAAAUGGAGCAGUGCUAUCCCAGCACGCACUGGCAACCCUUUCCUUUGAAGACCAUAGAAGCUGGUCAGAGGUGUGUAUUUAUUUAUUUUUUUUUUUUUUUUUUUAGACCCCACUGACUGUCAGGGAGACUAACUAUUGGCACCAAGUAGUAUUUCUGUGUUGCCAUUGGAGAUCUGGUAACCUGGAUUUCACCAGCUCUGCUUUUAGUAGCAUUAGUAGUAGCAUCCUUUACUCCACAAUGUCUGUAAGUUGUCACAGACCAAGACUAGAUUGACAAAUAAAAUCUGCUUUCCAUAUAAAUCUAUCUGCAUGUUUGGGUAUAGACAUUGUGUAAAUCGCAGAGUUUGAUCUCCUCGGUGUGACAGUGCUAUGAAUCUUGCAUGUUUUUCUGUGUGUGGGUGUAAAAAAACAAAACAAAAAAAACAAACAUUUUUUUCCAGAUUUUUUUUCACCAUGGUCAGUUAUGACUAUGGUGUUUGAGCCCGGAAUGCUUGUAUUGGGGUUAUUUGCCUCAUCUUGUUUAACAGGGGACAUUAUUUGGUUAAAUAGCAAUCAGAGUGAAUUUCUAUUGUUUGUUUAACUAGCGCACUAAAAUUUUCCCAAGAAUGGUAUAUAACUAAUAGGUUAAGACUGGUUCAUUUCCUCUGUUUCAUAUCUUUGUGGUUUGUAUGGACAGGGCACUUCCCCCAUUGAGAGGCUAAUAAAAGUGAAAGAGGAACUCCUACAAUUCUUUCAUAUGUAGCUUAUAUAUAGUUAGUGUGUUUUAUAAGGGGGGGAAAAUACCUUGACUGUAAUACACAAAUUUCAGUAAUAAUCAGUAUAAAAGUAAAUAUUGUAACAUUAAACAUUGCAAAAAAUGGGAAGGCCAUGUCAGACAUCCAAAAAAUUAAUCUGGAGUGCCAGCUUUUUUGGCGACUUGGCUAUAAUGUUUAAUUUCCAGUACAGAAGAAUCUGACUGCUCUUAAAAGAACACUGUAGUGUUAGAAAUACAAAGUUGCAUUCCUAUUGCUAUAUGUCCUCGUCUCUGGAUUUACAUAGGUACCUUUCCUAUGGCUUCCUCAGUGUGACUUGCCUCUCCACCUGACUAGCACUAGAGGUAGACUUAAAGGAACACUACGGUCAGAAACACAAACGUGUAUUCCUGACCCCAUAGUGCAAUACCCACUAUUUAGUUGGCUAUUCAUAUAGGCGACAUAUCUAGAAUGCAUUUGUCAAAUUUCCUUAAAUCAAACUUUCCAUACACUUGUUCGUGAGUGACAGGUCUUUUUUACUUUAAUGUUUUUGCUGCUCACUCAGCUGUUGCUAUGGCCUAUUCAGCUCAUUGUUGGUGUUUUAUUAUACUAAAGAUGGUAUUGUGUUAAGGUUUGUCAUUUACUCAUUACAUCCCUUUUUACCCUUUAGGGUAGCAACAAAAAUCUAAAACCAGCGAAAGAGCUCCUUACUAUGAAGAAGAAAGGGCUGUCCUGUGCAUUGCUCUUUGUGAGAUACAGUUUGCCUAUUUUGGGAAAAAUGUUUGCAUGCUCCCAGAGCGCAAUGUUUUCAACUGCCUGAAGCCUUCAGCACUGAUUAGUUUUAUUUGAAAGCUACACUCUGUGCUGCUCUGUAGUAAAGUGCGUUGGUGGAACAAUACUUUCACACUGCUGCUGCAAAGUACGUUUGUUUAUUUUUUACAUUUUUAAAAAUUUUACUUUAUUGGAAUUGUGUUCUCUCUACACCCACCGAAAGGACACGAAUAAACAUAAAUUGUGAACAUGAUGAUGCAAAAGGGAAUUUUGAAUUGAUAUACGGACUGAUUGCUUUCCCUUAUUACUUUUCUUUUCUUCGUUCUCCUCUACAGUAAGGGCUGUUAGGUAUAUCUGUCAGUCUGCUCUUGAUAUGAUGUUUGGCUUGCCUGCCUCUAAGGAUUAAUUUGAGAACACUUGAUGGGAUGUUAAGUGUGUAUUGGUGUAUUUGUUCGAUGUAAUCUUUAGUACAUGUUGAUUAGAAAGGUUUUAAAGUACACUUGAUAUUGUUUGACCAUGCUCUUCUUGCUCCAAAAAAGGAUGAAAAGCUUAGAAUAAUGUAUUCCCCAAUCUGCACAGGGUAUUUAAAUUGGUUCUAGAAGAACAUAAUCUAACCUAGUGUUCUGGGGAGGAUGGGGGGUAGGGUCCUCUUAUGCUUUGUACUCCAAUUUGGAGAGAGAUCUCCCUUAACCAGACUGCACCGAGGAACUCUGUAUUGGGCUGCUCCCCACUAGACCAUGGGAAAGCAAAACAGUAGGUAUUCAACAGGAGUGCUUGCUUGCCUGGCAGUGUGCAUCAGUGCUGUAGUGGGUUUCAACGGGCUUAAAGAGGUCCGAUGACAGCCCUGCCGUUAUACUAGUUUAAAUUUAUUUAAGAUAUUCCUCUAUCCUUUAUCUUGCAGUACACAGAUUAUAUUCCCAACAUGUCCUCAACAUUCCCCCCACUUUUUAGGCAACUUCUACUAUUUAGUUCAUAUAAAAGAUCUAACAGGAUUAAUGUAUUGUACAUCUAGUAGCAAUUUUAAUCUUAUAUGCAUUUUACUUAAAGGAACACUAUAGUGUUAGGAACACAAACAUGUCUGCUCUCCCUCCCCUUCCUCCUAAAUAUAAUAAAAUAGUACCCUUAUUCCAGUCUGCUGCUGCUGGCUCUGCCCCUGAUCUGCCUGCUUAGCGGACAUCAUCAGAAGUGGUGAACUGAGCCAAUCACAAUGCUUCCCCAUAGGAAAACAUUGGACUGGCUGAGACUGUCAAGGAGGCAGGUCAGGGGCAGAGCCAAACACAGCCCUGGCCAAUCAGCAUCUCCUCAUGGAGAUAUAUUGAAUCAAUGCAUCUCUGAGGAAAGUUCAGCGUCUCCAUGUAGAAUGGGCAGCACUGCCACGGUAAGCAUAUGAGGAAAGGCAACUGGAGGUAUCCAUAAACUGUAAUGAAAACACUGCAUUUUUUCUGAAAAUACAGUGUUUAGUGCAAAAAUCUUGAAGGGACCGAUUAUACUCCCCAGAAAAAAUACAAUAAGCUGCUGUAGUUCUGGUGACUAUAGUGUCUCUUUAACUAUACCCUAUCCUUCCCUAGAUGUAAACUCUUGUAAAUAAACUUUGAGUAAGUGUUAUUUCUACAUUUUGAUAGGCUAUGUUUGCGGGGUGUUUUUAUCAUUUUGAGCCGGAAUUUGUCUCAUGCUACGGAUUAUUCUAAUAGGUGUUGUUGCAAUGAAUCCCCCCCCCUCCCCCCUCCCUUGUAUACUGGAAACAAUGAUUGUUUAAUGCCAUUUUUGUAAUGUCAGAAAUGAUUAAAAUUUAGUGUUGUGUAUGUAUGCAUGUGAUUUCUAUAUUUUCCAAGCUGUUAUUGAUUUUUGUGAACAUGUACAUAUACGAAAGCGUGCAAUUAUAUGCAUCACAAUCAUUAGUUUAAACAUUUUUUUUUUAAAUCAUUUGUUUUGAAAAUGUUGAGUAUUUUGCAUUUUUAAAUUUACUUAGAUAUUUUAAACUUGUUCCGAUUGUAGUGUGCCUGUUAUUAUGGUGGUAGUAUGCAUUCCGGGAACUGUCCCUUUAGUGCAGGCAUUACAUCAUGCUUGGAGAAUCUCUUUGGAGUCUGUGACACUUGGUGUAUAUAUCUUAGUCUGAACUGGAUACCUGAGAAUACUGAGGGGGAAACCCUGUGCUGGAGUACAUUAGAGAAUCUUUGCAAUUUUUUUUUCUUUACCCAUAACUCCUUUUAGUGAUCUUGUGUAAUGCUUGGAAUUUGCACAGUGUUUAUUUUUCUUAUAGUGCAUAUGGACGAUUGCCAUAACUAUCCUUCGCAUGCCAUUCAUUCAUUCUGUUCAUGGUAAACUUUAAAUGGAAAGAAGUUGUAAUAUUUCCAGUGCAUGCUUCCUCUUUCCUAAUAUAGGCCCACACCACUGAAUUGGUCCUAUUGCAUCUUACCUGUAUAAGAAAACGCUUUAGGAUUUCCUUAUUGAGAACAAAUUUGGCCAAUGUGAUCAAUGUGGAAUUAGUACGGUCAUUCUAUUGGUUUUCGUGACAUUUGCUCCAAUUUUUUAACCCUGGUCCCCUCUUUAUAAAUAACUCCCACAUUUUUAUUUAUCAGUAGUCUGUAGUAUGUAAUCAGAACAUGUCUGAUGUAAUGGCUCCUUUAAUUAAAUAUACUUUGGCUUUUACACAUCUUGAUGUCCAAAUGGGGGCGGUGGGUGGUACAGCUUGAUUAAAAUGUAAAUCUGAGUGUUUAUUUUUGACCUGAGAACUUCUAAUACAUUUUGCUGUUUGUGAUAUUUUGGGUUAUUUGAAGAGAAGCGGUCUAUUUUACGGUAUUUAAAGCGGCUCUGUCUCUUUGCAGGUGUUACUUUUAUAUUAAUCCUUUUUUGUCACUGUAUUUCUAUGUUUGUUUUGAAAUUCCCCUUACUUUUUUUUACUAAUACAUAAGAAAAAGUAGGAACUACUUUUUCUUAUGGUGGAAUGUGAUCCUGGAAAUGGGCACAACUUAAAGGACCACUAUAAACUUGUUUUCGUGGCACUAUAGUGUUAAUAGGUCCCUUCCCACCCUCAUGGCCCCCCUCCUGCCAGGCUUUUGGGAGAGGAAGGGGUUAAAAGCUUGCCUUUCUCCAGCGCCGGGCUCCCUCGGCGCUGGGGACUCUCCUCCCUCUUCCGCCAAAUGCGCAUGCGCGGUAAGAGACGCGCACGCAUUCAGUCAGUCCAUAGGAAAGCAUUCUCAAUGCUUUCCUAUGGACGCUGGCGUCUUCUUACUGUGUUUUUCACAGUGAGAAGCACCUCUAGCGGCUGUAAAUGAGAGCUACUAGAGGCUGGAUUAACCAUAAUGUAAACAUAGCAGUUUCUGUGAAACUAUGUUUACAGCAGGCAGGGUUAACCCUAGAUGGACCUGGCACCCAGACCACUUCAUUGAGCUGAAGGUGUCUGGGUGCCUAUAGUGGUCCUUUAAGCAAAGUUCUGUUUUAGUUGCUAAGCUAAUUUUCCCACAAUUUGUCCCACAGAAAGCAAACUGCACAAUUCAUGGACAGAAAACCAAAACAAAAUGGAGGCACCUAAUUAUUUAGUCAAGGAGUUUUGGGCUGAGAGAGAACUUUGCCUUGACAAAGUUAAUACCUGCGGUGGGGAGGGGGGAGAUUGAGACAGGUAGACCAGCACAGAAUAUGCUAGUACAACCAAAACCAGUGUUUUUAUGAAAAAGGGAAAAAAGAUGCAAGGAGCAUAAGGAAAAUAAAUAAAUAAACCAGCCAUUGGAAGUUUAAAGGGACACUAUAGUCACCAGAACAACUAUAGCUUAUUGAAUUUGUCCUGGUGAGUAGAAUCAUUACCUUCAGGCUUUUUGCUGUAAACACUGUCUUUUCAGUGAAAAUGCAGUGUUUACAUUACAGCCUAGUGAUAACUUCACUGGCCACUCCUCAGAUAGCUGUUAGAGAUCCUUCCUGGGUCAUGGCUGCCUAAAAUGCAUCCAAACAUUCAGUGUCUCCACCCUCAGCAUGCAGACACUGAACUUUCCUCAUAGAGAUUCAUUGAUUCAGUUCAUCUCUAUGACCAGGGCUGUGUUUGAAUCAUGCUGGCUCUGCCCCUGAUCUGCCUCUUUGUCAGUCUCAGCCAAUCCUAUGGGGGAACAUUGUUAUUGGAUCAGGCUACCACUUCUGAUGAUGUCAGUAGACUGCUUGUUUUUUUUGUUGUUGAGGCAAACAGCAUGCAGAGUGACAGCUUCUGGCUUGAAUACAGUAAGAAUUUGCUAUAUUUAUGGAGGCUUGAGGGGGGCUAGAUGGUGGUGUUAACACUAUAGGGUCAGGAAUACAUGUUUGUGUUCCUGACCCUAUAGUGAUCCCUUAAAGCCUUGCUUUACUGUAGGUGCAGUAACAUUUAAUUCUGUAUAUUUGAAACAAACCAAUGGAACCAACGUUCGAAAUCAAAUUUGAUUGUCCUACUACUAAUGCCUAAAACAAAUGUAUUUUACAUAGAUAGAUCUUCUGUCUGUCAAUAUACUUGCUCACUGGCUCCUAAGAUAAAGGGGAAAAAAAGCCUUAAAGGACCAGUUUGGACGCCAUAAGAAUUCCAACGAAUGAAGUUGUUCUGGUGCCACAAGACGUCCCUUGUGCUAGCUCUUAAAGGCGUUCAAAUUUUUUUGGGAAGUUUGUUCCAGUUCGGGAUCGCUCUACCUCCCCAACCUUUGCUUCCGCUUUCAGAAGGGGAAAAGGGUGCAUACUGUAGAUGAAUGAGGAACUACUGAUUGGCUGAGCAAUUUCAAAAAGUGGAAGGCUGGGGGGUGAUGCAGUUCAGCGCUGGAGCACAGACUUUAGGGUUAAAAUGUGUAACGGUUAAACCCCUAAUGGUGAGCCAGCGACCUCCUUGCAUAGUAACUAUUUAAUUUAAAUUCCAACAUUUUUAUGGUGCUCAAACUGGUCCUUUGAUGUCAGUCUGGAUAAUGAAUCUGAGUUUAAAAAUUCUACAUUUGCAGAUAGGACAUCCUUUUUUAAGAAUUUAUUUAAUACGAAUCUAGUUGUAAAACACAAACUGUUACAUUAUAUUAAAAACACUAGACCACACACAUCAAAAACACUAUUUACCUGUAAUUUAGUUUUGUGUGACCACAGGAAUAAAAUAGCUAGAUUAGUCCAGUAUAUCUGUCUGCGUGUAUUUUUAAACAUAGGUGGUGUUAAUGUGGUUAUUUCUAAACAUGAAUCCCGGUCCACGUUGGAGAUUCACCUGUUCCAGCUCCUAAGUUUAAUAUUGAACUGGUGAGCGCAGUAACAUGUAAUCCAAAAUGUAGGCAUGUUCCCGAUGGCCUUCUUUUUUUUUUUUUUUUUGCCGUAAGCUGUGUUCUUCUGUGGAUAUUUUGAACCUCUGACAUUUUGCUGUCAUGUUUAGAGGUGUUUGAUACCUGACAGUAAAUCCUUAGGGGGUUUGUUGCCACAGUAACUGCUAAUGAUAGUCUGAAGUAGUGUAGAAAUCCCAUUCAGGCUAUUGGAAGGAGUCAACUAAUCCAGUAGACCUAUCAGACCAUAUUUAAACACUGCUAAAGACAGUGAUUGUAUUCUGUAUGACACUGACCAUGCACUGAACUCUAAAACUGUUUUGAUCAGUGUUAAUAAGAUGUAAGUCGUACUGUUAAGUGAUGCAACCUAUGCCUGGGCCUUUACUGCUUUUGGGUGCAGCCUGCCUGUUAAUAGACAGUCUCAAGGAAGAAAGCAAUAUUUAAACAAUAAUUUCAUAUGAACAUGGCCAUCAUUGCCUCUUUUUUUUAUUUUUUUUUUUUAUUUUUUUUUUUUACCCCUGAAGAUAAACAUCCCAUCAGACAUUACUUGUGUGGGCUGAUGAGAACAGGCAUCGUUAUUGUGGUGUUUGAUUUCAUUGUGCAUGUUUAAGACUAUCAAUGAAAGAUCUUGUAGUAUUAUGUAAUUUACCUUAGACUUCAAUCUUGUACUCUUGCAAAUUUGUAACACUGCAGCUGUUGAUGGCUAUGGCCAAAAUGGAUCCCUCCCCUCUCUUGCUUAUCUCCACCUUGCCAGCAGAAAUGUCACUUAUUUAAAAAAUAAAAUACUGUAACACGUCAGCCCCUUGAAAGAGCAUGUAUGUGUACAUUCAGUUUUUCUCAACUAUGCUAAAUUAUAGAUCAUUUAACUUCAGAUGUAAAGCAGCAAGCAAGUGAAACGAUAUUCCUCUUUCCAAGAAAUUUCUUUGUAGAUUUCUUCCUUUGUUUUGGUAAAAUUCUGUGGGGGGGAGGAGGUGAAGGGGAAAGCAAAGACAUUUCUAGAAGUCUGUGCGUUGUCUAAAUGUACUUUUUCAUAGUCUGGCUUAGGUGCUGCUUGUAAAAUCUGUUUAUAAAGCGCUUCGUGUAGACUGGAUUUUGUAGCCAACCUUGGAAGUUGCUGUGUAAGUGCAAUCCCCUUGGCCUUUUGCACACAUCUGAAAAAUGAUACUCUGAGGGGAAUCCUUUAGCAUAAGAGGAUCAAUCUUGUCAACUGAGUUGAGACACUGUCUGCAUGAACAUCUGUUAAGUUACUUAAACAGAAGCAAAUCAGCAGUGUGGUGCAGAUUGUACACAGUGCCGAGGCGCAGGACUUGCAGUGAAUGAACUGGCACUGAAAGAGUGUGUGCCAGUGCUCAUCCUGAAUUAUUGCUCCAGUGAAGGCUUUGUGCUUUUAGCAGACAAUUUAUCAGCUCCUUCUAAAGUCACUUGUGGUGACCAUGUAGUGUGACACUUUGGGGGAGGUUUAUCAAAGUGUCACUGACACUUUUAUGUCUAUUUACAAUGACUUUUUGCUUAUUUUCCCCCCUAACCACCAUUUUUUGAGAUGACACCAUUUUUUUGGCAAAGAUUUAUCAGCCUUAACACCACUUUAGGUGACAGAACGGUGUUGUGUUUUUAUUUUCUUUUUACUGACACUCUAAAUGUGACACUUUCAGCAACAUUUUACUAUGCAGAAAAUCGUCAGUUUUUAGAUCACUAAUCAAUUUUCAGAACACUUUGAUAAAUGUCCCCUUUGAGUUUGUUUAGUUAUAGUUACAUGAAUGCAAAAUAAGCACACAAGCAGCAUAGUUAUUAAAACUGUUAAAACUUCAUGGAAUGGCCUAACUUGUUGAUAUGAAUGUAAGCUCAUUGAGCAGGGCCCUCCACCCCCUUUUGUUCCUGUGCGUCCAGUUGUCUGGUUACAAUUACAUGUCUGUUAGUCCACCCAUUGUACAGUGCUACGGAAUCUGAUGGUGCUAUAUAAAUAAUAUGAGAGGGGCUCCCCUCUGUCAGCAGGGCCCAUUUUUUAGUUAUCCCAGACUGACCGAUGAGUUGAAUGCCGAUCUCAAAGUGAGCGCUGCAUACAGCCCCUUAAAUGGGAAUUUAAAUGCCCAUAGGCUGCAAUCUAGUACAAACAUGAUUCUUUCAGCCUGGCACUGUGUCGAGUGUGAUUGGUGCUGGGCUUUACAGUAUAAUCAACAUGCCUUAGUUUCAGCAUUACAGGGAUAUCCCUGUAAUGUUGAAAGCAACAACUAUAUGGCAGUCACAGACCACUCACUACUGUUUUAACUAUUGAACUGAUCAGUACUAGUAUUAGCAGAGUUUAGCUCCACUGAGCUAACCAAACCAGGAAGUAACUGGACCGGUUGUCUCACAGCCAAGGGGUGCAAAGCAAGUUUAAUGUAUAAAAGUAUGUGCCCUUUUUGUAAAAUUAAAAAAGGAUACACUCUUAACACAUGAUGCAUUUCAACAAGCUAAAAUACUCGAUGGGUCUGGGAUGUGCCUUUAUUUUGAGCUAUUUUUAUUUAUUUGCACUGAAUAUGUAAAAUCUGGGAAAAAUUUGUAGUCCUUUACCCCUGCCUCUUUUAUCUAUAAAUAAUGCUGUGUUUGGUACACAUAUCAGCUAUUAAAAUAGUCAUUUCUGUCUAUUAAAAAUUAUAUAUAAAAUGGGUGCACUUAAAAGAAAACCAUUAAAUUACAUUGGAACAAAUCGUGUAAAUUCUAGGUUGUGUUUUUUGUUCAGGACUUGGACCAUUGCCUCCGUCCUUAAGGGGUUAAUUCUGUUUGGUUGUUAUAAAAUGCUGGUAUACUGCAAAUCCAAGGUAUUGGGUGUACUUAGUGAUUUAAUUAUUCAUUUCUAGUUUUGUUUAAACUGAGAUUUAAGAAAGGUUUACCAUUCUUGUGAGCCAUUAGCCCCGUGAACAGGUUUUCCUAAAAUAUUACUUCUCUCAAAAACUACUCUGGAUUGUGUGUUUGUGUAUAUAUUCGAAUAUAAGCCGAGGCACCUAAUUUUACCUUUAAAAAAACUGGGAAACCUUUUUGACUCAAGUAUAAGCCUAGGGUGGGAAAUGCAGCAGCUACUGGUAUCAAAAUGCAAUGCUUCAGAUUAUCCCAUGAUUUAUGGGAGUUAGUCACUUUACAGACUUUUGCAUUACAGACAGAAUUUGCAAAAAAUUUCACACCUCUUCAGUGGCCCUUUCCACCCACCCCCCCCACCUCCACAGUGGUCCUUUUCCCCUUCUCCCCCACCUCCACAGUGGUCCUUUUCCCCUUCUCCCCCACCUCCACAGUGGUCCUCCCCUUUCCCCUUCUCCCCCACCUCCACAGUGGUCCUUUUCCCCUUCUCCCCCACCUCCACAGUGGUCCUUUUCCCCUUCUCCCCCACCUCCACAGUGGUCCUUUUCCCCUUCUCCCCCACCUCCACAGUGGUCCUUUUCCCCUUCUCCCCCACCUCCACAGUGGUCCUUUUCCGGCCGGGUAGAGGAAACAGAAGUUCCUGUCCUGCGGUCCGCGCCGCCUGGCCACGCUACAUUGAGUGAUUGGCAGGAGGAAGCGCUGUUUUCUCUAAUGUGUCAUGUUUUCUAAUCUAACUGGUUCUUAAAUUUUGUCUUUGACAUCUUGUUUUUUUGAUGAUCACCGUAGAGAAAUGGUAGAUUAAAUGGUGGUUCGUUUGGGGGAUGCUAUUAAAAAUUAAACAUUUAUGCAAUUGUUUAAUAGACCUAUUUUAGAAAGUGGUUUAUGUAUUCAUUUUGCAUUUGAUAUACAAUCAAUAUAAUGUCCUGACACUUUAUUUAUUUUCAUUACAGGGCAAUGAGGCAAGCUAUCCGUUGGAAAUGUGCUCACAUUGUAAGUAGCCAGUAAACUGGAUACACUAUGCUGACCAGCAAAAUGUCUUUAAUGAAUGUUAUAAAUGUGUCACUCCACUCUACAACUCUAAUGUAUUAUUAAAUUAGUUAAUAUCCUGGUGUAAUGCUUUUUAAACAAAAAAGCCUUAUUUCUUACUUGUACCCACAUUUUGAUAUUCUUUCCCUCCUUAAAAAAAAACUAGACUCUCAUCUCCAGCAAACUAUUAAAUGGUAUCCCUCUUCUUUAGAUAAUUGGGCAACAGGAUCCCUAUUCGUUUCCUGGAUAUGUAGUUUCUGCGUAGGCUGAAAGGACUGCACAGUUUGUGGUCUUGUUACACCUUUGUAACCACUUAGGCUGGUGCUUCAGUGGCCUAAUGGGCUAAGAGUUGGCUUAUUUCUUCCACCACUAUCCCUUUCUUGGGUAUAUGGAAUGCAUACCAGAAAAGUUGCAUUCACCCCAAUGCUGAAGAUUGCUUUUACAGCAAACAUGUUGGAUGGCAUUCCAACUAAGCAUGGAACACACACGCAGGUUGCAUUGGGUUCCAUUACUAUAUUCUGGUGCUGCUGUGCAUGUUUACGAGAGAUAGCUAUUUUGGGUGUCAAAAUUCAGAUUGGCAAUCCUCUUUAAAUGUUGUUUGGUAUUCUGUCCCUUCUGAGCAAGUCGGAAACAGAUGUGCAACACAUACCCUUCUGCACACUGAGAGCCUUAUUAGUUUGAACGGUUUUGUGUCUCUUUUUGAUACACUGAUUUAUUUAUUUUUAAAUUUACUUUCUGAUUUUUAUAUGCCUAAUCAUGCGGCAUCCCCACAUAUUUAAAAAAAAAAAAAGGAUUUUUAAAAAACAUUCUCUGUAAGUACGUUCCAUGAUGCAUUCAAAAGGAAGCUUCGCAGCUUUUGCGUCAAUGUAACCACUGAGUUGUCAAAGAGAGGAACCAUCUGCUUUUUCUAAAUUAUCAUUGCUCAGCUUACUUUUGCGGAGUACAUCAAUGAUCCUAUUCAGUUGGUUAAAAUAAAAAAACCUCUUUCCAUUACUCUCUGCCUCUCCCCUUCUGUUAGGGAGUGUAAAAGAUUCUGCUAGGAGUUCCUGCUAGCACUCUUGAGCAAAGUACUCCAGUGUCAGCUCAUUAGUGGAGAACAUCAGCUGAUUACAAUCAGCCAAUGAACGAAGCCGUUGGCACAAACUGUUUGACUGCUUAAAUUGAUGCGGCAGUAGGGUACUCUUGGCAUCAUCAUAACUACAACGUGCUGUAGUCUCUUUAAUGCUUGGAGUGUUCCUUUUUUUUUUUUUUUUUCAGACUGACCGUUCAAUCCCAGUUUUUUUUAAAGAGCAUAAAGCCAGACCAAAGUAACUUUAAGCCCUGCUUUCAGUAUAUAAAAAUAUUUUUGCAGUCGAUACUUUAAAUGGACAUGUCCGCAUUAGGGAUACAAACAUGUAUUUCUAACUCUAUAGUGUCAUAAUCCAUAUUUAGAUUUAGCCCCCCCACCACCCUUUACUCACUCCUUCUACUGCAACAUUAUUCUGGAGGUGAUACUUCCUCGAUUAUUGUCCAAUCCAAUGCUCCUCGUACAGUAGGGUGUGCCCAAUCAAAUUCUUCAUGUAGGCAAGCAUUUUAUCCAAUCUUGCUAAGAUUUAUGAAGAUUAUAUCAUCAGAGUUGAGUUGGGUGCAGUUUGCAUGCACUGACUAGGCUCAAGCUUGAACGGCAGUGAUUGCUGGAAAGGACUGCAGAUAAAAAGAACAGACUGGCAACUGGGAGCAUCUUGCUGGUGAUUUAAAGUAUACAAUGCUCUGACAAGCCAUCCUUUAAAUAUAUGAAACCUCAAUAUCACAACUUCUAAGUGAUAUGGGAGUUCUAUUCACAUGUGCACUUUGUCCAGAACCACUCAAUGGCUUUAUUUUCCCAUAGUACAUACUUCACUCUGUGAAUAAAAAUAUAGGAUGCAUAUCCAGGAAAGCUAUGACUUUGUAAAUAAGACAUUUCAAUACGGUUUCUCUGCAUUUUUCAGUCAUAGAUCCUACCUUAACACAUUUACUGUAAAAUUCAGUACGUUUUGUGGUGCAGAUCUUUUUCGUUUUAAAAACUGUUUGAGGCCUUAUCACAUCUAACAGAGUUGAAAAAAUUGCAUUUCCCUUUUUUGUUUUUGCAUGAUGGACUACAAGCUUCUAUGUAUAUCUCAAGGGCAUCGCCUCUGUAAUGUGAGCCAAGGGAUAGAAAUAGAUGCCAUGCUUCUUUGACUUUUGCACUGUGGUUAUGAAUCAAAAGGAGUGUUGAUGUAGGCAACAGUGUUUCUUUUUUACAGAGGGAUAUAGUGGUUAUGGUGCCAGGAUUUAACAGGCACCAUCUGACCAUAAUAUGUCAAACUGUUUACAAAUGUUUUGCAAGGAACAGGCCUAGUUUAUGUCAAGCUAUGUUAAAAGAUGUAGUGACUAUAUGUAUUAUAAUUUCAUUCACUCCCAAGUGGACUAACAAGUAUAGAUCGAAAACUACAAUAGAGCAAUUUGAAUUGUACAAAGCUAGUCCCUCCAAAAGAAGGGAACUUGGGUGGUCCAGUACUAUGCAGACUCUGCUGGAAUCCUUGCAGCAGGCCGAGGCAGAGUGUCCUAUAUCUGGUUGAAGUGCAGUAUAAGUUCUCUGACAUAUGUUCGGUCCUUACAUUUAUUGUCUUUUCAAAGACCCCCCUCCCUUUUGACCUAUCUGCUUAUAUGGUAGCAUAUGAGGAGCAAGUAGUUGGGGAGAUACUUAGAUGAUGCUGUUCCUCUUUGCUGCUGCUAUUUCUCUUCUUGACCUAACAGAUUCCACAUCAGUCUUGUGCUCUUGUGUCCACUGGUAAGGCAGUUGGUAGAGCUUCUGCUGUCACAUUCUAUUCUGCAACCAUUUCCCUAAUUUCACAAAAUCUCAUUCUACAUGAGACAAUAAUCUCUUCAGUUUGUAUUUUUCAAAAUGUUCAAACUCUACACUGUGCAUUAUUCCGCUUAACGGGCUUCAGAACCUUGUGGUGCAGACUGAUACUGCUGGCAUCUUGGCAUAUCAGGGUGGCUUUGUGCAGUUACUCAGGAUGUUGAGUUUCUGUCCGCUCCUAAAGUAAGAAACUCAAUCACAUUUUGCCAAUGUGGCCAAAGAAAAGUACCCAAAAUGUUGUAGAGUGAUCUACAAAUCAUGGUACUUUUAAUUAUACAAUACCUAUAGAUCCAAUUGUGACCACCCUAGGCAUAUAGUAUGUUAUAGCACUUUGGUCAGUGUCAAUUAUUUACAGAUGUUUGACUUCAACAAUAGAGGGUGAUGGGCUUACUGUGUGUACUUGAAAACCUGCAGAUUCUGACAGGGAAGAUAUAUAUAUAUUUUCAUUUAUUUAUCCUUUACAAGCAGUAUUGGGGGAAAGGGGAGUUUGACAUUUAAGUUAAUAUAAUCGAUUUUCUUCAGAAAUGUACCAAAUCUGAUUGGUAGUUAUUUUAUUUUGUUUCAUUUUUUUUAUGAUAGUUUCCUCUUUCUCUCCUUUUAGUCCUUUUCCCUCUUCUGUGUACUUAUUGGACCUUGGAUUAAUAAGGGAAACUACAAUGCAAUUCCCCAUCGUUUUUAUUAGUUGCUUUUAGUGUACAAAAUAGUGUACAACUUUUUUUUUUUUUGGUUAAACACUCUGGGAGGAAAAAAUAAAUACAAGAACUUUGUUUUAUGAAAUCUGACGCCUAGUGGCAAGGAUACCAGGAGUACCCUGACUGGUUCCAAGUUAAUGCGGUAAACCAUUUAACGGUUUGCCCCUUUACCGGGACUCCUUGGUGAUCUGGUGACAUGCUUCCAACUUCCACAGAGCUGCAGGAGCCAGAAACAGCGGCUAUUCCUGUUCAUUGAGCAGACGGUCAGCUGACCACUUUUGGCCAGUGACCAAUGUUCUGUGCAAUGAAUGUUGCACAGAAUUGACAUUAGCCAGGCUUGAACUCUACUUCUGGGUUGGCUGACACCUUUAAUGACACUGCCAGCAAUGCAAUUACACCUACAGCAGCAGAGGGGUUAACCUCUGUGUAUGUGCAAUGCUUCAUAGCAAAAUGUUUUACAUAUUGACUGCAGGCACCAUGACCACUUCAAAUCACUUAAGUGGCUAUGAUGUUUGGAGUAAUUUGUUAAUACCAUUAUAUUUACAAUACAUUUUAGAUACAUUGAUAGUUUUUGAUUAGAAAAUCCCCUAACCCCCAUCUUUUUAUUGUAUUUAUUUUGUUUUUAAAUGCAGUUAGCUGUAAAGUAGCAUAUAUAUAUAUAUAUAUAUAUAUAUAUAUAUAUAUAUAUAUAUAUAUAUAUAUAUAUAUAUAUAUAAUCUCUAGAUAAAUUAAGAGGUAUGUAUGACUAUUUAAACUCUCUGUGUGGGUUCAUAAAUAUAAAUUUUAAUUUAAAGGGGGUAUCUAGAUUAUUGAGAGAGUGAGUUAGUGUACACACACCCCCUCUCUCUUUAUCAUCUGGAUACUCCCCUUCAAAAGAAAUACAUAUAUGAAAUAAUUUGCAGUGGGUAUCUAGAACACACGAACACACCCUUCAAAUUAAACUUUAUAUUUGUAAACCCACACAGACCCUCACAUGUACAAUAAUAAUUUCAACUCCAGCAGUGUGAGCAAAGCAUUGCUUUGCAGUAUGCAGAGCAGAUUCUUGGCACAGAGAGGGUUAAAGGUGGGGGGAGGGUGGCUAUUGCAUGGAUCAUCAGGAAUCUUUUGGUUCUAGAACCCUGUUGGAUAUGAUGAGUUACAAUCAUUUGAGAUCACCAAUGAGUCCAAAUUUGCAAUAUGAAUUAAAAUGAAAGUAUAAACUUUCCUUUGUAGUUUCAGGAAUAUAAUGCAAUGUAAAAACCUGCUCAUUCUUCUCAUUCUUUGCUCCCCAACUGUGUGGCUGUAAAGUGACCGAUGAUCUGCUUAGCUUGUCCACAUUAAUUACGUCAUGUGAUCGUAUGGUAUUAACUAAGCUUUAGCAGCGCUUUACUGCUUAGAAUAGGAAUCGGCAUAGUUCUAAGUGAGCCACAGACUUCACAGUUAUGGCAGGAACUGGCAGAAAAACUGGUAAUUGGACUAAACCCUUUCAUGUUUUAUUCGGGAAUUUAGCGGUACGACCUGUCAAAACGAAAAACUCUUGAAAGAUAAUUAUUUUUCAUUCCUGUUCCUUACAGGUACUUAGACAGUAACACAUUUAAUUUAAUUUUUUUUUCCUUCUAGUUGAUGCAGAUGAAAUCAAAAGACUUGGGAAGCGCUUCAAGAAACUUGAUUUAGACAACUCUGGAUCUCUAAGUGUGGAGGAAUUUAUGUCAUUACCAGAGCUGCAGCAGAACCCCCUUGUCCAACGGGUAAUAGACAUAUUUGAUACUGAUGGGAAUGGAGAGGUAGAUUUUAAAGGUAAGAAAUUUCAGAGACCUCCAAUUUAAAAAAUAUAAAAAUAGAUAUUAAAGCUAGAUGGUACUUACAGUUCAGUAAAUGCAAAAGUCUGUAGACAGAUUUAUUUGCCCUAUCAAAAAGGUAAUUUGGUUUUGUUUUUUUGACAGCCAUUUAUUCACUUGACCCUGUAAUGCUUGCAGUUAUUCAUCUGCUAGUAAUAUUUGAUAGUAUGGAAACUAAAUGCACCUUAAAUUACCUUUCUGAUCUCGAAUUGUUUUUUUUUUUUUUUAAAAGGCUUUUUGUUAGUUUAUGUCCAGAUUCAUGAUUUUAAAAAAGCAUAGACUUUCAUUUUCCAAUCCACAAUGCUGUAUUCAGCAUCCAGCAAGCAGAUAAAAAAAAUGUAGAUUUUGCUUAACAUUGGCUUUUUUUUUGACAACUUUUGAUAUUCGCUUUAAAACAGUGUACUUACUGAGGUGAGGGUAAAUGAUUUAUCAUUUAAAAUGUGUAUGCAUGUGUAAAUUAAAUACCACCAUGAUACACAUGAAAUAUUGCUUAUUGAUCUGGACAACAUUUAACUUUUGAGUCUAGAGUAUAAAUUCUCUCACCCCCCCCUUCCUCCGCCCCAACAAUCAAAUCUUUCACAUUCAACCCAAUGUCUUUCUCAUGUGCCUUCUAAUCAAAGUCUCUCCAGAUCUAUGACAUGAGGCAGCUGGAGAUAGUUCUGUCCCAGGAACAAAGCUGCUGUCGGCUUUUCUCGGUUUCGAAGCUACAUGUUGCAUGUGUCUUUGGUAGAGUUAGCCCCCAUCCAAGCACGUCACCGUUUCUACUUGCCCAUGGCGAGAGGGUUAACCGACCCAUUGGAAGUAUAUAAUCUCUUUACAAUGUAAAAUAUAGUUCGAAGUUUCGUAUGUUCCCUGAAAUUUCACACACGGCAAUACAAUUACGUCAUUUUUGUGCUUCAAACAAGGGAGUAGAUGCAUGGAUUGGGGGAAAUAUAUGCAGUUUACUAUGUUAAGUAAUUUCUUACUUCCCUGAUAUGUUUUCUGUGUAAUCCAUAUUGCAAAUAGAAAAUCAAUUUGUUUGUAUCUACUGCCCACCUAACACAUUUGAAAACAUCUUCACUCUGUGAAAUUACUUUUAUGAACAAGGAAAGUGGAUUGUUUUAUAGACUUUAAAAUGGCAGUGUCAUUUUUGGGUUUGUUCAUAAAUAUUUAAUCCUUCUGGGAAGCUUGUAAAGUUUGCAUUUCAUUGAAAGGCCACCGUUUGACCAGGUGUUUUGGGCAAAAAAGCACUAUUGUCACUCCAGAUGGCUGAUGCCGAUCUCUUUGUGAGGUGCAUAAAUUGCACAUUUGCGCAUGCACUAGAUUAUAGAUGAUCCCCAAAACAUCUUGCGCUCCCUCGUGUACUGAGGCAAAAUUAGUCUCUAAUUUAUGUAAAUUUGUUUUUCGCUAUUAUUGUGGAGUCCUUUUUUGGCACAUUUGUCAAAAUAGAAGUAGGUUUCUAUAGCGAGUUCUUCCAUAUUAGAACAACUGUGACCCACAUUUAUUUUUUAUAAAGAAUUUCUCAUUUGUGACCAGUAAAAACAUGCAUUAUAGAUGGUACACAAUGUAGCUCGCCCAUGCGCAGCUUGUGUAUAAAUCUAUCCGCAAUUGCUGUAUAAAUAUUCUUCCUGAUUGAAGCUUUCUACCAAGAAAGGAAAUAUUUCUGAAGCGCAUUUGGUGCCCUUCUUUUGGGAUGGAACUAUUCCUUAACCCCUUAAGGUAAAACUGACUGGAACCUCCCCACACCAUAAUUUCAUUGUGAUUAAUUUUUAUAUGGCCUGGAGUUGGCCUUUAACACGUAUAAGUAAGGCCACCCAUUUAAAGCCAGCAUGGUAUUUUUUUGUUUGGUUUUCUUAGCCACGUUAAGGUGUUUCAAUACUCUUUCAGUGAGUUCUUGUGUAGUAUCUUUUGUCUAGACACCUGCUGGAAUAGCCAACUGUAUAGUGGGAGUGCACCAGUAGGAGUAUUGUAAAUUGCUGUUUUAAUGACAGUGACUUGAAGUGCAAGGCUCUGAUUGCAGACUUUCUUCAUGAAAAAAAUAUUUGGGCUUUCAGUUUUUAAUAGCCACUUUAUUGUAGCGUUACUUUCUGUAGAGUCAUGGCUUUUUGGGAUACAUUUGAAUAUUUUGUUACCUGCUGUUCUCUCUUUUUUUUGUUAUGCUUAUUGUUGUGCUGUUGCUGUCCCCUCCGAUCAUGUAUUGAGAUACUGCUCAUCCAUAUUCAGGCUUUCCUCUGAACGUGUAUUGCUAGAAUAUCCUAGCUAUUAAAUGUUGGUUAAGAACAAUGAGUGUUCUGAGAUAGGGGUGGAUUUUCAAGAGGUGGAAAAGAUAUAAAGGUUUUUUUUGGGGGGGGGGGGGUCAGUGUACAAAUAUGAAACAUAAACUAAACUUUAGGGUUAUAUGUAAAGUGUUUUUUGUUUUUUUUCCCUGAAAUCCAGAAUUUAUUGAAGGCGUGUCACAAUUCAGUGUCAAGGGAGAUAAAGAACAGAAAUUGAGAUGUAAGUGUUUUUUGUAUUUUUUUUUUUUUUUUUGUUUUCACCCCCUGCAGGAUCCUGAUUUACAGAUCUGUCCCUUAAAAUGUCUGGGUGCAUGCAAUGUUUAUCCCCUCUAUUUGUUUGUUUAUAAGAGUUUAGCACAAGGUUUAUUUUUGAGAGCGCACAUUAUAGAUCAUGAUUUUUAAGCUUUGGAUUGUCCACCUCUAGUUUAUUAAACAGGCCAGUUCUUAUUGCCUAAUAGAACACACACUUAAUAAGGUACCAACCACUUUUUCCUUGGCACAUCUAUUUUUUACCCCAGUGUAAGUGCCUAAGUGUGAUCCUAUGCUUAUGUGAAUAUUUUUUUCAAAAAAGAAGCUGAUCAUUUCUGAACUCUGAACAUUGGCAUGUCGCCCCAUUGUACAGCGCUAUGGAAUUUGGUGGUGCUAUAUAAAUAAUAAAAUACUAAAAGUAAUAAUGUCACAUUGUAGUAUGGAUAAAUUGAUAUGUGGUAACACGUUUCCUUUGUAUAUAUAUAUAUAUUUUCUUUUUUUUUUUUUUUAUAGUUGCUUUUCGUAUAUAUGACAUGGACAAGGAUGGCUAUAUCUCAAAUGGUGAGCUUUUCCAGGUUCUGAAGAUGAUGGUUGGAAACAAUCUCAAGGAUACGCAGUUACAGCAAAUAGUAGACAAAACUAUUAUCAAUGCAGAUAAAGAUGGCGAUGGGAGGAUAUCUUUUGAAGAAUUCUGUGCUGUAAGUAUUGGCUACAAAAUUGGGUUGUGAAGCAAAAUAUUCAAUUUAAGGGAUUAUUCAUUCGGUCACUGUUUAUUGAAAGUAUAGUGGAACAAAAAAUCUGCAACUUUACUGAAAUCCCAAGUUUAUACCUAGAUGUGCUUAAAUUCAUUCAUACAACGAAAUAAUCAUCCUUUCAUCAAGUAUUUUUUUUUUUUUAAAUGAUGUAUAUGUAGAAAAUGAGGUGCUCAUUCCUAAUGUUUACUAUAUGAGGAACCUUCAGCCACAGUGCCUUUAGUCAGUGUUUUGAAACUGUUAGUCUCUAUGGUCUUUCCUGAUUUCAUUCAUUGAAAAGUCUCUAUGGUAUUCCCUGAAAAAAGUUAAAAAAAAAAAACUGUUUAUAUGGUCUUCCCUGCUUACGUGCAAUAAGUGAAAAUGGAUAGUCUAUAUGGUUUUUCCUGAUUCAAACACUGCCUGACCAAAGUUGCUUGUAUAUGGCUGAGGGAUCCUGUCAUAAACUAAAGGUAGGGGUGUCCUUUAAGUUAAAUACAGCUAGUUUUAUUGUAGGCUGUGUAAAUCUCAGAACACUGAGCUGCAAUGCCAUUAACACAUGCUGUGCAUGUUUUUUUGGGGUAGGUAAAUAAAUAGGAACUCCAUUAUUUAGGCGCCACAGCAAGCUUGGAGGGUCCUUGGUACACUGUAUAAUAUAUUCAAGUGACAUGGAUUUACAUGUACUUUAGCUAAUUAUUGCAGUCUAUUGUAUUGGUAAUGGUUCGUGGAGUCUUGGUGUUUUAGCUCCCUCGGUUAAGGUGCACACUGCAUAUCCUAUCAUCUUUGAUAACCUACUUUAAUUUUGUUGCUUAGGAUAUACUACACACUGUUCAGGAUGUGAAAUAUUUUCUGUUCAAUUCAGCUCUGUCACCUACUUGGGUCUUUUGUAAAAUAUUUUAAGACCGUAAAUGGUGACUUCACCUCUUGCAGUGCGUUGACCUGGGGCAGCAGGGGGAAGGUAGAUUUUACUUACCGGUAACAUGAGCUGUCACUCAUGGUCACUGCCAUCUUCAUUUGUUCUGCCCUCUUCAGCUCCUGGUACUUAAUCUGCCAGAUUAAGCCCAUGUCAAUGCUGUACACUCUUGUGCAAUACUGGGAUCUAUCAAGGAUCCUACGAGACCUCCAUAGACCAUGCAUUUUUCCCAUACAGCUUUCACUAGUGAAAUAAGAAUUGAUCAAAGUAGCGGUGCCCUUUGUCAAGUAUUAGUCAGUAAGUAAUGUAUUGCAGGUACUCUCUAAAUUCCAAAUUUUGGUGCUCUUGCUAGUAGGUGUGGUUUCUGUCCACCUGGAUCCACAAUAAUGAGCAAACAAAAAAGUAAAGGUCCUCGGCACUCCGCAAUAAAUGCAGGUGGUUUACUCGGUCAUCAAAAUGAAAGGGCAGCGUUUCUACAAGUAGGUAGGAAAUGUUGGCCUUUCUCGUUAAUGGCUUUAUAAACUACCUGAAUGUGUUGCUGAGGGCAUUUUUUUUUGUAAAAUACAUAAGCAAAUUAGAAUGGAAUGCAUUGGAAUUUCAGUGACCCAGUCAAUGUGAGAUCUAUAUGACUCGGUUUUUUUUUUCGGGGUGGGGGAAAUGACGGAGCCUCCAUAACAAUAGCAUUUGUAAGUAUAUUAUGGUUUCAACACUUCCUUAGCCAUAUGCAGAUAAAUGUCAUCUCCAAUUAAAGCAUGUUGGUUACAUUCGGAGUGGAAUAUCUCAGCAAUAUUACAAGAGGUUAUAUUCAGUGUCACCUCUAGUGGUAGAACAGAAUCACUUUUAUAAACUGCUGAAAUUAGUCCUCAUCAAAGUGGUCUUGCAUGUCCUAUUUAGGGAAUCAGUAGUUGUAAAUGUGAACAAUUUGUUCUUCCUCAAAAUGAUAUGAUGGCACUCCUUUUAUCCAGCUAGUCUGAAGUGAUACAUUAAUGUUAUGUUCGCCUGCUUUUUGAUCAUAAUAAUACUCAAAUAUAAAUAUUAUACUGAGACGUGACUUCCAUUUGAACCUUUUUCAUGUGUCAUCUGUUAUAGGUCGUAGGAGGUCUAGAUAUCCACAAAAAGAUGGUGGUAGAUGUGUGACUCUUCAGAGCAGUACCAACACUUCUGCUUUUUUUCCCUCCAUCUCUGAAGAUCUGCUCAAGACGUCCAGCAACGCUCUCUGUGUAUUUUUAAAUGGAAGUAUUUUUCUCUGUGAAGCCACAUUUUCCAACAUGAGCCUCAUGAAGCCAACUUUAGUGUUAUUGAACUUUUUAAUCUCUCAAUAACUCAGUGUAGCACUUUAAAGUCUGAAGGACAGCAAGACGGGGAAAGGCAUAUCGGUGUUGUGGAAAAAACCAAGGAAGGGAGUUGGCUUUUUAUUUAUUAUGUUUUUUUUUUUCAUCUUUUAUAACAAGAAAUAUAUAUAUAGCUUUCUAUGUAGUCAUUAGGUGGGCUUUAAUUUAAUCUACAAAAACAAUACUAGUAUACAAAGUGCCAAGCAGAACAGAAGCCGUUCAAUACAUGAAUAUAAAUCCUUACUUUUAUUUCACGCAGUUCAUAAUAUAGUAGGAGAAUGUAUACGAUCAAUAGGCAUGUUUUUUUCUUUUUUUUUUUUCAUUUGUUAAAAUGUUUGUAUAUUAACUGGUUGAUCAACACGGUUGCUUCCUAUUAAUCUACUUGACAUUUCAUUUUUUUUUCUUUUUUCACACAGGAAAUUUGUAUGUUUAAUUUAUGUGUUAAGAUAUAUAUUGCCAGGGACUGUGUGUGUCUCUUGCUUUUUGAAAUGUAGUUAAAUGUUUCUGCCAAGUAAAGAUCCCCUUUUUGUGCUCAUAGAGCUGCUUAAGCCCUGUGCUCUGCUUUGCCUAGUUACAGAAGCAAAUGUCUAAAACUCUUAUCUCUGUAAAUGGGUGCACACUGGUAGGACCUGCCCAUUUACAUAAACUGAUUUACUUAUCCAAUAGUGCUGAAUUGUCUAUUUUGACGUUUAUUACAUGGACUUGAUUUUUUUUUUUUUUGAUUUUUUUUUUUUAAUAAUCGAACCAUUGAAUUUCUUUUCAGCUUAAACAGUGUAGUAGUUUAUUUUUAUUUUUUUUACUUCUCCCCUCACCCCAUGCCAAAUGAAUUUAAUGCAGGCAGCCUGACUGGUAAUAUUUCAAUUUACAUAUGUAUAUUGGGUACAGGAUAGGAUUUUUUUUUUCUUUUGUCUAUUUUGUAAGAAAACUGUUAUCCUUUAUCUGGAAUUUAUUCAUUCACUAAUUUGGUUUUAUGUUUUUGUGUGCUCAUAUUUCGACACCUUUUUAUGUGAUCUAAAAGUAGCGAGACAUUUUCUGCAACUGUCACUUUUUUCUGCUGUGGUACUAUUGGCUGGAAAAUAAAAAAAAAAAUAUAUAAAAUACAGGAAAAAAAGCUAAUUAAAAGGGUAAAUCUUUUGGAAUCAUAUCCAUUUUUUUUGUGAGGUAUAUAUGUAAAGUGGCAGGUUAUUAUACCUGGUAUUAAAGUAUCUACCUGCAAUAGCUGUUCCUUCAACUGAGUGCUGCACACCAUGGGCUCUGUCUGUGCGAGAGAAAUCCAGUUGCUUGGUGUCCUUGCAUGACAUAGAGUUUUGCAUGUAGAUCGAUUUUUGAAAUGUUCCUCUUGUUUACAUAAUUUGCAUUCUAUAUAAUUAAAAGGAAAAAAAAGGAAUGUUGCCAAAUUUUGGUACAUGUACAUGUUAAUGUUCAAACCGUCUCCACUACAAGUAACUUUCUUCCUCUGGAUCAGUACAUGGUUUAUAUUAACCCAGCCAGUGGUCAUCACUUUUCAGUCGCAGCUGCCAUGUGCUCUGUUCCAAGGGGAAACCAUUUAAUUUUUUUUUUUUUGUACAUAAGUUUCGUUAAACUUUUUAGCAAAAGCUUUCUCCUUCUCUUGCUUGUGCAUAUUUUGGCUGGCGUUUAAAAAAAUAUAGCAAAGAUUUUUUUUCCAUUAUUGGGUUUUUUCUAGGGUUUUUUGUUUUUCUUUUUUCUAGUUUGUGUGGGGAAAAUUGUUAAUGUUGAGUGUUUUAAUUUUGUUUUCCUCUGCAUGCAAUAGAACUUGUAGGGACAGUAGAAGUCUUCAUACUGUAUGAAUAAAAAGAUGAAACUUGUUAUUCUGUCUCUUGUUUAAUUAUGUGCUUUAGUAGAAUGAUUGUUGGGCUAUCACUCAGGACUCGCUAAGUGGGGAACGUAUAGUUU